GCCGGUGGACAGCGCGUGGCAGCGGUGGAGUGGCGCGUGUGAGCCGGUGUGUGUGAGUGAGUAAAAGAGCGUUAAUAACGUGACGUCAUCAGGCUAAAGAUCUCACACACACACACACACACACACACACACACACACACACACGUGUGACAGCUGGUUAAUGUUGUUAGGAAUCACCGCUGCUGUUUCCUGUGUAACAGUUGUGUACCUGUGUUUGCACUCUACAGUGUGUGUCACACACUUCUGGCUAUGCUGAGUGUGUCUGCUGUGCUGCUGAUUGCAGCAUUUGGUGCAACUGUGUGUUCAACCAACUCCAACACACACACACCCCGACACGGACACGACACAAACCUGGAGAUUUAUAAGCGUCUGUUUGAGGUGAAGAGAAAGGAUCAGCUCAACGCCCUGAAGAACCUGGUGGAUCUGAACGAUGUUAAUCAGCAGUACAAAAUUAUUGACAUCAUGCUAAAGGGGCUCUUUAAGGUUCUAGAGGACUCCAGAGCAGUUCUAGUAGCUGCUAAUCUGCAGCCAGAUGAUCCAUUUCCUCAGGAUGAUAAAAUAAAAGAGGCGUUCUCUCAUGUGGUGGAGAACACGGCAUUUUUCGGUGACGUAGCUCUGCGCUUCCCGCGUAUUGUCCAUCAUUACUAUGACCAUAACACUGAGUGGGGGAAGACGCUGCGCUGGGGGCUGAGCUUCUGUAACCAGUCUGGUGUGUUUAACGGAGGAGGUCAUCAACAAGUCCUCUCACUGAUGUCUCAGGAGCUGGGAAUAACACAGAAAUCUGCAGACUUCAUUAACCCUUACCGUACAGAGAAAGAUGAUGUGCUCCACACUGCAGAGGCCUUCCAGAAGAUUCUUCGUGAAGAACAGAAGCGCAGGAGGAAGGAGGACAAGAGGAAAGAGAUGAGGAAAGGGCCUCGAAUUUCACGCUCUCGCUCUGAACUCUAACACCCCCUGGUGGUAAUCAGUGAGAAUAACAGAGAGAGAGAGAGAGAGAGAGAGAGAGAGAGACAGGUCUGAGUCACAGCUACAUCAGGUGUAGAUGAGGUAGAGGAGCAGGUGAGUGACAGAAGAGAGAGAUGAAGAGUGAAGGGAUUUACAGUCUGAGUGGCGCUGUGACACUUUAUACAGAGACCCAAUAAAUACGAUGAAUAAUGUAACAGAUAUAAUGAGCUUUAUUAUAGUGUAUAGUAACUGUUUAUAAUGCUUUAUAAUGCUUGUGUGAGUAGUUAAUGUGACUUGUGUUCUCGUUCUGUGUUCAACACCUACACUGUACUGUGUGCUGUGUUAAUUACAUCUAAUCAUCACACUGUGCUGUGUUAAUUACAUCUAA